AUGAGCUCUUUAAGAGAUAGAGAUUCCCCUCCAAUAGAAACCAUCCCCGGAUCAAGAUCUCCUUCCCGCUCCAUAUGCUACUCAGACAUUAGCUCCUUGGCAGACCGUUCUGUAUCCAAUCCCUCACCCGAGCCAGGUGCUCUGCCAAACCCCAAAGAUAUCUCAUUUCAAACGACAAUCAGAAAUUCAGCUAGCAGAAAUAUUCCACCAUCACAUCAGAACUCAAGUUCACAUUCUUUUCUCCGUAAAUCGGUGUCACACUCAAGGUCCAAUUCAAGUUCGAGGUCUAGAUCACGGUCGAGGUCCCGGUCACAUUCCAGGUCUCAGUCACAUUCUAGGUCGAGGUAUGGUUCCAAGUUAAACAGUCCAGGCAUCCAGAACGACUUACCGUUAAUGGAAGAUGAGUCUGAAGAUGAACCCGAAGAUUUACCCCCAUUGUUACCAGUAUUUGACCAUCUAAGGGGUCAUGUUCAAGCUGGUGUAACCAGUCCUGAUUCAUCCCGAAGAAGACAAAUCGAGGAGGAUAUAGAUCAAGAUGCGGAUGAACUAAAUGUUCAAGACGAUUCAGUAGGUCUUUUCGACAGAGUUAGUCUUGACAGUACUAACGAUACCGUUGCUAAUAGGCCAGUUUUAUCUGAAAAUAACACCAAUACUAGCAGUAUCUCAUCAAACAGUAAUACACCAACUCAGGGGGAGGCCAGUGAUAUUGAGAAUGUUCCACACAUGGAAAAUCAAAAUGAAAAUGAAAAUGCAAUUCAAAAAGAAUGUACACACAGUACAACCAAAACUCAGCAUGGCCGCAAUUUUUUAUCUAGGUUUCUAAACCUCAAAGGAACUAUGAUUGGGCCCUCUAUUAAUACAGACAAACCUCCACCCAAAGAUGAAGAAAGCCAAAUGGGCCAAGAUAUCCAACUAUCGGAUCUUGAUGCUAACCAAUUAAAACAUGUUACAACAUAUCUUGUUGAUAAACAUUAUGAUCACAGCAAAAAUCAGAAUGAAAGCAAAAAUCACGCCCUGGCCAUCAACUCCUAUUUAACUGAGGGUCUAAAUGAUCUCGAUGAAAUGGCAGGAGUACAGGUUGGCAAACCUAAAAACAUCCACCAAGGUGUACUCUCCCAUCUUCUCAAACUGUAUGAGAAUCCAAUUAGUCAAACUAGCCAUUCUCUAUCAAUAGAUUCCGAAGACAGUGACGAGGAGCAAGAAACUCGGGGAAGAGGUCGAUCUAGAAAGAAAAGAAACCACUUGAAAAUAUCUUCUCCCUUGCGACACCACUCCAGCUCAAGAUCAAAAAGCCGCAUAAUAGAAAUGGGCAAUCUACGUCAUUCAUCAGGAGAGGCAUUUCCCAAACAGUUCAAAUCUCAUCUUAGAAGCCUCAGUGAACCAAGAAUUCUAAAGUCAAAAUACGCAAUUCCCAGCGUUUUAUUUGGCAAGGAACACUCACGUUCAGCGUCAAAAGAAGCAAAAGAUGAAUUUAAAAAAUUGCCAAAGUUCAGCUCAACAAGACCCAAAGUUAAAAAGAAAGGUCCUUCACUUUUGAAGAAGAAGCAAGUAGAAACCCGAGCGCAGAUUACUGUGCACAUUGCUACUAUUUUGCAACGACAAAGGUUUAUACUUCUUCUAUGUAAAGCAUUCAUGCUAUAUGGAGCUCCAACUCAUAGACUGGAGGAGUUUAUGACAGUGACUGCGAAAGUUCUGGAAACGGACGCUCAGUUCCUCUAUCUUCCAGGAUGCAUGACUGUAGCAUUUGGAGACGUUCUUACUAGGACAUCAGAGAUGCAACUAGUUAGAAGUGUUCAGGGCUUGAAUUUAGGAAAACUGGAUGAAGUCUAUGAGGUCUACAAAAACGUGAUUCAUGAUGUCACGAGCGUUCCAGAGGCUAUAUCAGCUAUUGAGAAACUUCUAAAUGGGAAAGAUUACUACUCUCGUCCAGUUGUCGUCUUGACUUAUGCCUUGGCCUGUGCCAUGGUCUGUCCCUUUGCCUUCAGGGGAAAAGGUUAUGAUAUUCUCGUAAGUUUCGGCGUUGGAGGACUGGUUGCCAUGCUUCAGUAUUAUGUUGUUCCAUUAUCGAACGUUUACUCUACAGUCUUUGAAGUCUCAGCGACCAUCGUGGUGAGCUUCGUUGCUCGAGCCUUAGGAUCGAUAAAUGAGAAUAAAGUCUGCUACUCUGCAGUGGUCCAGGGAUCCAUUGCCAUGAUCCUUCCUGGUUACACGAUUCUUUGUGGUUCGUUGGAGCUUCAGUCGAAAAACAUAGUAUCGGGAGCCGUGAGAGUGUUCUAUGCCAUCAUCUACUCACUAUUUCUAGGUUUUGGCAUCACAUUAGGAGCUGCGCUCUAUGGUUGGAUCGAUCACUCGGCCACCAAUGUCACCAGAUGCGCUACGAGCUUGUCUCCUUGGUACUUAUUCAUAUUUGUACCUGCCUUCGCAACUACCAUGGCAAUCUCCAAUCAGGCCAAGUUUUCCCAACUUCCGGCCAUGGCAUUGAUAGGAUCUAUUGGCUAUGUUGCUACCUACUUUGCUGGACUUCGGUUCAAGAAUGCUACUGAAAUUGCUGCCUCGAUUGGGUCUUUUGUUGUCGGUAUUCUUGCCAAUGUCUACUCUCGACUUGGCAGAGGUAUGGCCGUCAGUGCGAUGUUGCCAGGGAUAUUUCUGCAAGUUCCCGGGGGAAUUGCGGCCCAAAGUUCUCUUAUUUCAGGUAUCGAGAUAGCAAACGAACUGACCAAUUCUUCUAACGCUCACACUAGCAGUUCUUACAGCAUUGAUACCUCGUUUGGGUUUGCCAUGGUAAGGGUGGUGAUUGGGAUCACUGUCGGUCUAUUUGCAGCCAUCAUCGUGGUUUAUCCUUUCGGAAAGAAAAACACGACUAUUUUCUCACUUUGA